AUGUCGGAACAAGAAGCGCAGAGACCUGGUAUGGGCGAGCAGGAGCCUUUGCUUGGAAGAGCGGGCGAUGCAGCGCAGCAGGAUGGUCUGCCACUCUACCACAACCUCGUCAUCGGCACCGGAGUGAUCGCACAAGCUGGAUCAUGGAUCCUCGUAGCAAUCGUUUGGGGCGCAGUCUUCUCAAACCCGGUCAUCCUUUUCUCGGCGCAUCCUUUGCUCAACUCGGCAGCAGUCCUACUCUUUACCCAGGGCGUCCUCAUCCUCCAACCCACCCACACAGCCAAGCAGAAGAAACAGGGCACCUGGGCCCACGCUGGACUCAACGACCUCGCUCUCUCCUGCGGUAUUGCCGGUCUCGUCGUUAUCGAGUACAACAAGAUUGCCCACAAUGGCACACACUUCGUAUCACCCCACGCCAUCCUGGGCCUGAUCACCUAUAUCCUGAUACUCAUUCAGGGUCUUGUUGGCUUCACGCAAUACUUUGUGCCUCAGAUCUAUGGAGGCGGAGAGAAUGCAAAGAAGCUCUACAAGUACCACCGUGUGAGUGGUUACUUCAUCUUCUUGGUGCUGCUUGCAACUGUUGCAGCAGCAACACAGACAGACUACAACAAGAACGUCCUCAAGAUCCAGCUGUGGGCUGUGCUUGUUGCAAUUGCCAUCACCUUGAUUGGUGUCUUGCCAAGGGUCAAGAAGCAAAAGUUCGGCUGGUUGGCCGGACAGUAG